CACCCUAGACAUUGGGCAAAUACAUGAAGUCAGUGGAUCAUACAGUACACGCACUAGACACCGUUCUGCCUCAGAGUUGGACACCUUCUCCCCUACUCCAUGUCAGAUUUCAACAAAACCGACUUCACCAACCCCUCCACCUUCAUCUUGCUGGGCAUUCCUGGACUGGAGGCAGCCUAUGUCUGGAUCUCCAUCCUCUUCUGCACCAUGUACGACAUAGCCAUUUUGGGGAACUUCACCAUCCUAUUCAUUGUGAGGACGGAGCCGAGCCUCCAUGGACCCAUGUACUAUUUCCUCUGCAUGCUGGCCGUCAGUGACCUGGUCCUGACUACAUCUACCAUGCCCAAACUGCUGAGCAUCUUCUGGUUUAAUUCCAGGGAGAUAGAAUUCAGUGCCUGCCUUACCCAGCUCUUCUUCGUUCACUGCUUCUCAGGGAUUGAGUCUGGGAUCUUCGUGGCCAUGGCUUUGGAUCGCUAUGUGGCCAUCUGUGAUCCUCUGAGACAUUCCACCAUCCUGACAAACCCUGUGGUGGCCAAGAUCGGCCUGGCCGUGGUGCUGCGCAGUGUCAUAUUCACAUUGCCCUAUCCCUUCCUGGCGAGACGGUGGCCAUAUUGCAGAACCAACAUCAUCCCUCACACGCACUGUGAGCAUAUGGCCGUGGUGAAGCUGUCCUGUACCAACAUCCACAUCAGUAAUUACUACGGACUCUUUGCACUAUCCUUUGGGAUUGGUCUGGAUUUGUUUUUUAUCUCUGUCUCCUACAUCCAGAUCCUCAGGGACAUCUUCAGGCUCCCCACAAAGGACGCCCGGCUCAAGACCUUUGGGACUUGCAGCUCCCACCUUUGUGCCAUCUUAGCCUUUUACAUCCCAGGUCUCUUCUCCUCUCUUUCAUACAGGUUUGGGCACAAUGUGCCCCUGCAUUUCCACAUUCUCCUUGCCAACGUGUACUUAUUGUUGCCCCCCAUGUUAAACCCCAUCAUCUACGGGGUGAGGACCAAACAAAUCCGGGACAGGCUGCUCCAGCUCUUUACUCAUAAAGAGAUCCAACUUCUCUCCUGGUGCUCUGGCUCUCAGACCGAGCUCUGUGCACAGUUGGCUGGUGACAUAGUGCUGGGCCCUCUUCCCUGA